AUCUGAUAAUAAUAAGUGUCUCAGUACAGAGGAUAUUUAAUGAUCAAAUAGUAGGUAGAUUAAUAUAACAGGUUCGUAAUGUCUUUACAAAUAAAUCAGUCCACCCGUUGACCCCGCCUUUUAUUGACGUUCCUUACACUGGCGACGAGGCGAAUACCGCGCGAUAUAAAAAAAAAAAAGUUAAACACUUGUAAACAUGUCGAUCGGAAAAUUGGAGCCGUUUGAUUUAGGCAGCAAACAGUGGCCGGCGUAUGUCCGUAGGGUUCAACAAUUUAUAAUACUGAACGAGAUCAAGUCGCAGUUACGAGUGUCGCUGCUCAUAACGGUCGUCGGUGACGCAACAUAUUCGCUGAUGUGCGAUCUGUGUUCGCCGGCGCUCCCGGAGGAGAAGACAUUUGACGAGCUUGUACGUUUGGUGUCGGAACAUUUGGAACCGCAACGUUCGGAAAUAGCAGAGCGCCAUGUAUUCAGACUGCGUAGACAAGAGGUCGGUGAAUCGCUAGCUGACUAUUUAAAAGCGCUUAAACAUUUGGCAACGACCUGUAAUUUCCGCGAGGCUCUGGAAGAAAACUUGAGAGACCAAUUUGUGUCCGGACUCGCUAGCGAAGCGAUGCGCUCGAGGAUUUUUGCUGAAAGGAGCAUCCGAUAUAAAGAGGCGGUGGAGCUGGCGUUUGCGCUAGAGGCUGCGGAGAGGCACGCGGGGGUAAGCGCCGUCACGGGCGCGACGGCAACCUCAGGUGCGGGCAGCGGUGGAGAGGCGGCGGUCGACGGCAUGCAUAGGGUUAGCGCACAACGUGGCAGGGGACGAGGUGCAAAGGUCGGCGGCGGCGCAGGGGUGUGCGGGUGCAGCGCCGGCGGUGCGGAGCGAGCGGACGGCGCGGACGCGGGCGCGGGUGGCGGCUUGCGGGAGUUGGGCGGUGCCGAGCGCUGUUGGCGCUGUGGGAAGCCGCACCGAGCGGACCGAUGUAGGUUCGCGCAAUAUAAUUGUGAUGAGUGCGGUAGGCGCGGGCAUAUAAAAGUAAUGUGCAAAGAACUGCGUGAGCGUGGCCGUUUGAAUGGCAGCCGCCAAAACUUCGUUAGUGAUGUAAGCUCGGACGAAGAUUUUUUUAAUAUUAAUGUAAUGUCUGAAGAUGACGAUUCUUUUAUAUUACCGUUGAAUCAUGGUCGGCAGUUGGUAGCACUGUGGCGUGGCGUGCUCGCGGUCAAUUAA